CCAGUUCACGCUCUCCCAGCGUUCGAUGCGCACACGCAGCGUAACAAGUGCCAAGUGCCAACCCUAACGAAACCCCGCCCCGAAAAUAUCGAUGUUGCCAGCGUAUGUGAUAUUUGUGCAAGUUGCUAGUGAAAUUAAAAGCUAAGAAAAUGUACAAGUUUAUUUUUUAAGGCACCUGCAGACGAAACACGACAUUAUCCCUACAAUGAAGUCAAAUAACAUAAAAGCCAAAAUGCCAGUCAUUAGAAAUUACUUGAGGACACAUAUGUGACAUAUACCCUUAAAAAUGGCGGAAGCAGCUUCGUCUCAUGAAAUGCAAACACGCAAUGAUGAGCGGGAAAAGUCCAAGUUGUCUGCCGGGAAGAUAUUCUACAAGCCUGGGGUUAUUGAGGAGGAGACGGAUGAGACCAGUGCCUUCGACAGCUCGGUGGUGGAGACCCCGAUGCUGGGGAUGGGCCUCGACGGGAGCCAGUUCCUGAGGCCUCCGCAGAUAUAUCCGUCGAGCAGUUUGCAUCGGAUCCCGACGUACAGCAGCUCCAUUGGACACAGUACAAUCUAUAGACAGGAUACUUGCAGGAGCCGAUCUCACAGACAUGGAGUUACAAGGAGGGCGAGACGACGAGCAAUUCUCAAAAAUGGAGAGUGCAACAUUCUCAAGUCAAAAAUCUCUCAGCGGCGGAUGAGAUUUCUUCAGGAUAUGUUUACAACUCUCGUGGACGCACAAUGGCGAUGGACCUUGUUGGCAUUCACACUCUCCUUCAUCCUCUCCUGGCUGGGAUUCGCAUUGAUCUGGUGGCUUAUCGCAUUUACACACGGAGACUUAGAGCUCGAUCAUCUGCCCCCUAUGCAGGAAGGAUCUAACUGGAAGCCGUGUGUCUUCAAUAUUUACGACUUUACCUCGUGCUUCCUGUUCAGUAUUGAGACCCAGCACACGAUUGGGUAUGGUUCACGUACGACGACAGAGGAAUGCCCCGAGGCAAUAUUUAUUAUGUGCUUGCAGAGUAUUGUCGGUGUGAUGAUUCAAGCCUUCAUGGUGGGCAUAGUGUUCGCUAAGAUGACGCGCCCUAAGCACAGGACGCAGACCCUUCUGUUCUCCAAGUACGCCGUAGUCUGCCAGAGAGACGGCGAGCUGAGUUUGAUGUUCAGAGUUGGUGACUUGCGAAAAUCACACAUAAUUGGAGCAAGUGUGAGAGCUCAGCUGAUACGAUCUAGAACGACUAAGGAAGGCGAGAUGUUGUCUCAUUAUCAGACUGAACUCGAGUUAAACGCGGACGGAUGUGACAGCAACCUAUUCUUCAUUUGGCCGAUUACUAUGGUACAUAAGAUAAAUGCGGAAAGUCCAUUUUACGGGGUUUCCGCUGCCGAUGUGUUGCAAGAGAGGUUUGAAAUUGUUGUUAUUUUGGAGGGAACGAUAGAAUCUACGGGUCAGACGACUCAGGCUCGUUCCAGUUAUACGACUAGUGAAAUAAUGUGGGGACACAGGUUUGUCCCGUUGGUGACAUACAAUCGUGAACGUCAGGGGUACGAGGUGGAUUACUCGAAGUUUGAGGAGACGACGCAAGUGGACACGCCGCUGUGCUCUGCCAAGGAGCUGGACGAGUUCUACGGCAGUCAGGGCGAUCGUAGAUCGAUCGGUUUCAACGGAUCGCCGAUAUUGGAUGAGGUCACACUGAGGCAUUCUGUGAACGCGACGUUGCCGUCUCCGCUGUCUAAUAUAGCCGACAGACUGGUAGCCGAUGCUAUUAGAAGGGCCAGCCUCACCAGACGCCCAUCUUCCAUCAAAUACCCCCCCAAUUACUUCUGCAGUCCCACUGAAGAGUCCUCAUCGUCCAGUGAAGAUGAAAAGUCCAAACGCCGCAAGAAAAAGAUCGAAAAAGCUUGAACUUUCUGUGUAAUGAUUUAUUGUGUAUAUUUUUAUCUAAAAUCAGUAUAUUGCCAAACUGCUUCUCUCUCCGUUUCUAUUUAUUUUGGGAAAGAAUUUUAUGGCUGAAAAUAAUAUUGAGGUCAGGGUGUUCUAAAAACUUGUAGAGCCGAGAAUGUAAUUGUUAUUCAGUAUUAAAUAUGUGUAACAUCAAUCAGAAUACGUAUCGCAAUCCAUGAAAAAACGAUACGAGAUUGCUUUGGUAACGAAAAGUUACUGAUAAGUACAGCGCCAUCUGUUGUCGAGUAGAAAAGAAGCGCUAGUACAAACGAAUGUGACAUUCUGUUAAAUCUGCUUCGCCUAUUUUUAUUUUAAGCAUAGGAAUGCGGAAAAUACCGUAAUAUAAAUAGGAGAAAAAAUGAAUUGAGGCCGAAAUAAAACUCGUGUGUGAUCGUAUUUUUAAUUACUUUAUUUGUUUAUUCUGAUAAAUUCUAUCAGGAAAUUACGAAGCUAUGGGCAAAUUGAUUACAAAAGGCAGCGCCCGCGCCGCUUCAGACCCCUGAUGUUCAUAAUAUUUCAAUGAGAGAUUUAAUAAUACUAUGAUUUGUAUAUAAAACUUUAAUAAUAGUUGUUAUAUAAUAAUAAAAUAUUAUAAUCAGUACAUAUUGCGAAGCAUUAGUAGUACUAACACUUAUAAGUAUUUUAAAUUAGCUAUCUUAGUAACACGUGGAAAAUGUGUCGAUAACAUGUGGCCCCGGAUGCAUGGCAGCGCGAGAGCCAAGUCUAAGUACUUUAGUCCGAAUAAUUUAAGUAUUCAAAUAUAUCACAUAUCAAUGUUUGUUGUACAUACUAAAAGUACUUUGUACGACUUUAAGUAUAAAAGCGUUAGAAAGUAAGCUAAUUGUACAUUCACAACUCGUUACUUAAGUAGCUCGAUACAAUUUUAAAUACUUAGAUAUAUUAUUUUAUACUAUUACAUAGUUUUAUUAAUGGAUUUUAUCCAAAAGUACACUUAUAUUUACGAAAACACCGCAUUUGCUGAUAGUAUCGAGAAUUAUGUGAACAGGGGCCGUUAAGUAUCAAUUUUGAAUUAAAUUCGUCAUUGGAAGUAUAAAUAUCUCUUAAAAUUAAACGUAAUUCCAUCUCUAGUUUGACUGUCGAUAGAACAAGUAUUACUCCUACAUGUUUUUGUAAUCUUACACACAAACUGCGGAGACUUGAUUCACUAAGAUUUUAAAGCUUGACGUCAAUUUAUUUCUAUACGUUUUUUUUGUUAGUCUCCAGUGUCUACGUUCGCUAAAUUAACUAAAUAAAUACUUGGUCUAAAUACAACCCUAUCCGGUAUAUCGAUGUUUGAAAAGGUUAAAGUAGAAAAGUUGUCUAUUACAAUGAUGGCUGACUUAUUCUGAGUUUGUGUUGGCACCACACGCUUAAGCCAUAUUAUUUUUUAUUAUGAGUAAACUGUGCGUAACCUUCUGGUAAAGAGCAACUGCAUCAAGCCAUUAUUACUUUGAAUAUUAGUAACACAACUUUUAUAUCGACUACCAAAACUUUCUAGGUAAGCUUUGGAGAAUAAAGAUUCUGAAUACCAUUUUUUAUAAUAUACCUCAUUGUAUACUUAAUUAUAAUCAUCAGAAUAUAAAACUUGGCUGUAAGUAC